AUCUGAGACGGUUGAUUACUCUCACUUCAGACUUCUCUUCAACGAAACUAGCCAGAGAGAUGACGAGCAAGAUUCUAGUUAUCGGAGCUACAGGUCUCAUCGGAAAAGUCCUCGUAGAGGAAAGCGCCAAGUCUGGCCACGCCACUUUCGCUCUGGUUAGAGAAGCCUCUCUCUCCGAUCCCGUUAAGGCCCAACUCGUUGAGAGAUUCAAAGAUCUCGGCGUUACCAUACUCUACGGAAGUUUAAGUGAUAAAGAGAGCUUAGUGAAGGCGAUUAAACAAGUCGAUGUCGUGAUAUCAGCUGUUGGUCGGUUUCAAACUGAAAUUCUUAAUCAAACCAAUAUCAUCGAUGCCAUCAAAGAAUCUGGAAAUGUUAAGAGAUUCUUACCGUCGGAAUUUGGUAAUGACGUGGAUCGUACGGUAGCCAUUGAGCCAACGCUAUCAGAGUUCAUCACUAAAGCUCAGAUAAGGCGUGCCAUUGAAGCUGCAAAGAUACCUUAUACGUAUGUCGUCUCAGGUUGCUUUGCAGGUCUUUUUGUUCCUUGUUUGGGUCAAUGCCACUUGCGACUCAGAUCUCCUCCUAGAGACAAAGUUUCAAUCUAUGAUACUGGCAAUGGCAAAGCCAUUGUCAACACUGAAGAAGACAUCGUUGCAUAUACAUUGAAAGCUGUUGAUGAUCCGAGAACACUUAACAAGAUUCUCUACAUUCACCCGCCCAAUUACAUUGUAUCGCAGAACGAUAUGGUUGGUUUGUGGGAGGAAAAGAUCGGUAAGACUCUCGAAAAGACUUAUGUUUCAGAGGAAGAACUCCUCAAAACCAUCCAAGAGAGUAAGCCUCCAAUGGAUUUUUUGGUGGGUCUGAUCCAUACAAUCCUUGUGAAGAGUGACUUUACCUCCUUCACUAUAGAUCCUUCUUUUGGAGUUGAGGCUUCCGAGCUUUACCCUGAAGUCAAGUACACUAGUGUUGAUGAGUUUCUUAACCGGUUUAUCUGAAAAAAACUUCGUCCAUUAUUUUGUGUGUGUAGCUACUGUUAAUUCGAGUUUCGAUAUGGACGCAAAUCUUAUUUCAAGCUAGUCUCCUUAUUUGAUAGAUACAAAUACAUAACAUAAAAGGUCCAAGUACAUUAUUUGACUGAUAUAAGAAAGAGACCUUGAACAGCAUUACAACACCAACAAUCUCAUAACGGUGCAUAGUUUCAAGGGUUGACCUUGGGAGCCCAUCCAGAGAUCACACACUUUUCCUCGGUCUUAGUUUUCUCAAAAGAGUCGAGCGAGAACAGAGUCUUCAUGUAGUUAUGGACAUGGGGAAAGCUCUCAGGGACAGACCAGCUUUUGAAAUGGCCAAGAGCAACUUGAAGGUGGUAAAGCUUUGGUGCUAAGCUAAGAUCCACCGCGGAAACUCUUUCCCCGGCGAUAAAAGGACCAUCGUGACUCUUGAGAUGGUUCUCCAAAGCUUCUAGCUCAACAAGAAAGGCAUGCUAAGAUUCAUCAUUGGAUCUUUGCUCUUCAAGAAAGUCCCGAAAGUACCGAAAAUGUUGGAGCCAACAGAGGCAAAUUCAGCAGGAGUCUUGAGAGGUGGAUCAGGAUACUUCUCCUCGAGGAUACCAACGGUGGCGUCGGAAUCAGUCACCCACUUGUCGUCGAUCUUAAGCACUGGUACUUUCCCUUGAGGACUAAUGUCCCAGAACAUCUCGUGUGAUGGAGAAGAGCAAAUUUGGACGACAAGCAUUUUGAUAAGAGCCACUUCAAAUUUGCUGAAAAAAGAAUAAUACCAUAUUACCCAUCAAAUCCAAUCCAAUGGACAGACAAAGGACGAAUACUCUUGACACUCAAAUCAAAGUUACAGCAACAAAGUAGUAGCAACAAAAUAGUAACUCAUUACAUGAGUAGUACAUAUAAUUGACAAAAAAUAAAAAUGUAGCUACAGCACCAAAGCUCUGACCACUGCCCCGUUUAAUACCAAAAGUGAAAGCCUAACUUUCCCAUUUAUUCUUUUCUUUUCAUUUUCAACUUUCAACUACACAAUGUAUGAAAAC